AGUACUUAAAGAGGUCAACGGUUGAGCGUAUGUUCAUUAUUACCCAACCAACCCUUCUCCGUACCUCCUCUUUGUUGACACCAUGCUUCGAAAGGUGCUUGCAAUUUCGCUACUCACAUCGUCCGGUCUGGCCUAUCCGACAGAUGAUAAGUUCAAGCCCAACGCAACAUCAUUGGAAUGGGCACCAUGCGACCUUGAUUUCCCCUCGGCAGAUCAGGCAGUGAUAGCUAAACAUGGAGAGCCUCUCUUCUGCGCGAAUUUUUCCGUGCCUCUGGAUUAUACCAAUGAGAAGGAUGAAAGAACUAUCAAUCUGCAGCUGAUCAAGAUCAAGGCAAACAAGGAACCAUUCAAAGGCAGUAUUCUCACAAAUCCAGGUGGUCCCGGCGGAAGUGGCGUGGACUGGAUUGCCGGUGAGGGGCCAUCAUUCCGUGAUGAUCUAGGUGGAUAUCAUGAUGUUAUUGGUUUCGAUCCUCGUGGCACUGGGAGAACCAUCCCGUUCUCCUGCCUUUCGUCAAACCUCACAGCCUCCAAGGCCAAGCGCGCUGAGUACAAUUUCACGAUUCCGCAGAACGACAUGUAUGCUGAGCUCGUCAAAAAGGCAUGGCACGAUGGUAGUGUCUACGCCGAAGAGUGCGCCAACACACCUGGAAACGCAGACAUUGGCCCUUACAUCAACACACCUUUUGUGGCCCGCGACAUGCUAGAGAUCGUCGAUGCUCUUGGCGAAGAUCAGUUGCAGUACUGGGGCAUAUCUUACGGCACUGUUCUUGGGCAGACAUUUGCUGGCAUGUUCCCAGAUCGUGUCGGGCGUGUUUUGCUCGAUAGUACCGUGCGCUUCGACGACUACCAUUCUGGACAUUGGAUCACAGUGACGCGUGACACAGAACGUGCGCUAGUGAACUUCUUCACAGAAUGUAUCAAUGUCGGUCCUGAGCUAUGCCCUAUCGCGAACCUCAAUGGCCCAGACACGACCGCGGAAUACCUGCACAAGGCAUAUGCCGAAGUCUUUCAAGAGCUACUGGACGACCCAGUCUUCUUACCAGGCGACUAUGUGCCUUCACCCUGGUACCAGCCCGGUGGUAUCACCGUUUAUCUGGUCCUGAAGUAUAUAACCUUGAGUCUGGUGUACAAUCCUAUAGAGUUUGGUGUCCUGUACUUGGUUGUUGACAUUGCUCUGAGGAGAGACUGGGAACAGGCAUUCGACGUCCUAUCAAGCCAACUCAACACCACAACGCCUGAGAUCCCCUGGAACCUCGGUACCAACGCUUUCCACGGUAUUACUUGCGGAGAUGGAGCCUUCCGUGCCAACAAACCAGAGGAUCUGUACUCUUGGACCCAAGCUCAAGCUGCCGCGGGUACCUUUGCUGACGCCUUCGGGCCUCAAAUCUGGCCUUGCGCGCAGUGGAAGUUCACAGCCAAGGAGCGCUACACUGGACCUUGGACUGCAAUCAAUACCAGCUAUCCGAUCCUGUUUGUUAACGGCAACCACGACCCCAUUACGCCUCUAAGCGCAGCAUACGAAGCCUCGGCUAAUUUCCUGGGCAGCCGCCUGGUGGUGCAGAAUGGACAUGGCCACGCAGUCAGGGGUCAUCCUUCAGCAUGUACCAACAAGGUGAUCGCUGAGUACUUCAACGACGGAACGUUGCCAGAUGUCGGGAAGGUGUGUCAGACCGACAAGACGGCUUACGGUGUUUAUGAGGACUAUCUCGCGUCUCUCAACAGCACAGCAAACAGCACCAUGACGAAACGGUCUCUCAAGAUUCCUCACAGGCCCCUCCUCACUUGACAGACGCUUUUCAAACAGUGUGGGGUAUGUUCAGGGGUAGGUCUGGGCACUGUCUAGGCCGUAUGUAUUGUGACUAUAACAUACCCUGCUGUCUACUCAUAAGAUUUAUAUAAAACAUAUUCGCACAGAAGCUACGAGUGUGCGGUGACCCUCAUGCAUUGUUUUCCAAUCUCGUUCGACGUUCCUGUCAAAGUGUUGAAUUCGGGUAGCACGUUCAUAGUGCGCGUAAUACACAGUCAACAGUUCGUAAGGCUUGUGUGAAAUACGUAAAAUUCAUCUCAAUCGGUAGAUCCGGGGCUGUAAAACAUAUUAUUUACAUGAAAGAGGGCGAUUGCAAUACAACUUUAUGGAACAAGUUUCCGUAGUUAUUUUUCGAAUUAAUAGUGAUCAUUUUGCGCCAUUAUCUCCACAUACGACCAUAGGACGUUGAAAACAAGGCUU